GUUGAUCAUGACUUUGGCCUUGCUAAUUAUAUGUACUUUAUUCUUUGUAUAAAUAGUACGUACCUAGCUAGCUUCUUCUCUCAUAAUUAUGUUUUCAUGAUUAAAUAUCACUACACCUAUAUAUAAUUCUCUCUCUAUAUAUAUAUAUUGAAGAGAGAAACUGAUUCAGUUAUGGAUGCUCACACUUCUCACAAGAACAAGGUGGAAUCGCUGGAAACAGAAUUGGAAAGUUUGAGAAAAGAGAACAAAAGAUUGAGAAUGAUGGUUGAAGUAACGAGCAGCAAAUACAAAAUGUUGGAAGACCAUUUCUACAAAAGAUCAAGCUUUGAUUAUUCUAUCAAGAGGGCAAGGACGAUGAUCAGUAGUAAUAAUAAUAGCCAUCAUCAUCAUCAAUAUCAUGAUGAUCAGUUGAAUAAUAUUAAUAGUACUACUACUAAUAAUAAUAAUAAUAAGACUACUACGACAAAGGUAUCAGUCAAAACAGAUCACAACUCAUCGUGUGAUAAAGACAAUACUAGCCCCACGGUGAAAGAUGGUUAUCAAUGGAGGAAAUAUGGUCAAAAAGUUACCAAGGACAAUCCAUUCCCUCGAGCUUACUUUAGGUGUUCCAUGGCUCCAGGAUGCCCAGUCAAGAAGAAGGUGCAAAGAAGCAUGGAGAACAAGUCAAUCAUUGUAGCAACAUACGAAGGAGAACACAACCACGAAUUAUAUGAUGAUGAUCAAUAUCGCAUCAAAAAUAAUAAUAACAAUACUAUGAUGAUGAUGAUGAGAAACUAUAGUACUAAUACUACUUCUACUACUUCAUUAUCUCCAAGAUUAAAUAAUAAUAAUAGUAGUAGUAGUUGUGUAACUACAACUCCUCAUCAACAUCAUCAUUCCAUAAUCUCCCUGGAUCUCUCUCUUUCCAAUAUUACUAAUGAUAAUCAAGAUGAUGAUGAUCAGAGUGAUUAUAAUAAGAUGAACAUGAUGAAUAGAGAAGAUGGGAAUAUUGAUACAUAUUUAAGCAAUAAUAAAGAAUUAUUUCCUGCAGAAAUGGAAGAGUACGUAGCUUCUUUGACCAAAGAUCAAAAUUUCACUGUUGCUUUAGCCGCCGCAGUUGCACGAUCCAUUACAGGCGACCCAGAUUAUAUAUAACUAUUUAGAAUAUUCAGUUACAUAUAUAUAUAGACUGUAGUGUAAACGACGAGGAUAUAUUAAUAUAUAAUAAUUAAUUUCUCUUUCUUUCUUUUAA